UGAAAAUAAAAAAAAGCACCUCAGUAAGUAUCUAAAGCUGUUAUCUGAUCCGAUAAGGUUUCCCAAUAAUUCAAAUUUAAAUUAUUGUCAAUAAAAUAGAAUUAUAUUACCCCCUCGGUUCGAUACAGUUGUGUCGACUGAACUUCUCCGUCUCGAUGAUUUUGAUAAGAAUUCGCCGCAUAUUGCAGAAUUAGUAUUCGAAGAUAAAUCGGAAGCAUAACACCGAUCCUCUUCAAUGGCUUCUAUAGACCUGCUAACCGAAGAAGGCGGCGGCGACAUCGGCAGCACCUUUGACGAUGAUUUGCUCAAUCGAUUGCGAGAUACUGUACGCAAUGUGAUGGACAGCAAUAAAAUCAGGGCUGAUUCCAAGGCCGUUGAGCAAAUUAUGAAUAGAAUAGUAAAUUUGAAAUCAAAAUACGAAUCAUUAUCUCCAAGUGAGAAGGAAGAAUUCUCACAACAAAUGCAAGACUCUUUUGAGAAAACCAUCUCGUCUCUUGAAACCAAUAUUUCGGAACAGGAGCCAUAUAAGCAAUUCUUCCAUUGCUCACUGUUUAUUUACGUGGGUGUUGUUUUGACUUUUGCUCUCUUUGGAUACAAAUUGUACAAAUCUCUCAUGGAAAAGAAACUCAAAAAGCAGGAGAAACAGAAAAACAACAAAAAAUCAAAGAAAACCAAGCAAAAGUGAAUAUAAACAAAAAAGUGCUUUUAUAGUUUUUCUUUUUUCUAAUUAAAUAUUAAAUCAAAACAAAAAUAUAUAUACACAUUCCUUGUCUUCAACAAAAACACAAAACAAAAGAUUGAAAAUAACAAUGCAGUGCAUUGACAGCUAAGUACUUGUGAUACUGACUAAAAUGUUAAUAUUAAACAAAAAACACAAAUACAAAUAUAUUUAA